AUGCCGUCCGCCCAGAUCAAUCAGCCGUCGAACCAGAUCAGACUUACAAAUGUCUCUCUUGUGCGCAUGAAAAAGGGAAAGAAGCGUUUCGAAGUUGCAUGUUACAAGAAUAAAGUACUCGAAUGGCGUUCCGGCGUCGAGACCGAUCUCGACAAUGUCCUACAGAUCCCAAACGUCUUCCUUAACGUCUCCAAAGGCCAAGCUGCUCCCUCGGCAGACCUAACAAAAGCCUUUGGAAAGGUGCCCUUGAACGACAUAAUUCUGGAGAUCCUGAACAAAGGAGAACUGCAGGUCGGCGAGAAGGAGCGCCACGCCCAGUUGGAAAGGGUGCAUGCCGAAGUCAUCGACAUUGUCGCAGGCAAGCUUGUCGACCCCAAGAGCAAGCGUGUCUACACUACUGGCAUGAUCGAGAAAGCACUGGACCAGCUCAGCAGUCAGAGCGGAAAGGAUGCCAACGCCAACACACCCAGCGCGAGCGGCACCGCAACCCCGGUAGAAGGCGAGAGCCAUGCUGAGCACAAGCCAAAGCCCAUGUGGACUGGCGUUGUUACGACUCGCGAUGCCAAAUCACAAGCACUGAAUGCCAUGAAGGCUCUGAUCGCCCAUCAGCCCAUUCCUGUCGCUCGCGCCAGAAUGAGACUGAGAAUCACCUGCCCUACAUCAGUCCUGAAGCAGGCAGUCAAGAGCGCACCCAAGCCCGGCGAUGAGGCAGAAGGUGAGGGCCAGACAAAGGGUACCGUCAAGGACAGGAUAUUGGGCUACAUCGAGCAGGUCGAGAGUCAGGACAUGAUGGGAGAAGAAUGGGAAGUUGUCGGCUUCGUGGAGCCUGGUAGCUUCAAGCCUCUCAGCGAGUUUGUCAGUGGACAGACCAAGGGAAGAGCUAGGGCAGAAGUUUUGGAUAUGGCUGUCAUGAACGAGGGUGACUAG